GAGGCUGGUGGCUGUACUUGCUGGACUAAUGCCUAAUAGGAAACUGCUGGAGAAGUCUUCAGACUGCACAUUUUUAAAAAAGAUGCAUUCGGUAACUGCAAAAACUCAGUGAUUAAUACGCGUGUUUAACAGAAAGUGGUAUUAUUAAGGAUGGAGCUCUUCUGUAUUACAAAAACUACAGCCUUUUUUAGGAUUUAGCCUGCCCCGGGCAUUCAACAGAAGCCAAGCUUCCCCGCAAAGCCGGAAUAAAAUAUUGGCAUUGUACAAAAAUGUAGGUGGGAAAGUCAUUGGUCAGACACAUUCACCUGACACCUGUUAAAUGAAGACAAAAAGACCGAUGAAAAUAACUAAUGUUUGAGAGGUGAAACAGCUGGGAUUGCAGGUUUUAUGAACUCUGAUCCUGGAUAGCGUUUAAACGUGAUGGAGGGUGUUCUAAGAGAUCUGGACUUUUGGUCAUUGAACGACUCCCUGGGCAACAACACUCUUGGAAACGGGACCGGGGGAAACCAGACUGUAAACCCUCUGAAGCGCAACGAAGAAGUGGCCAAAGUGGAGGUGACAGUGCUAGCUCUGGUGCUCUUUCUGGCUCUUGCUGGCAACCUGUGCGUCCUACUCGCGAUUCACACUACCAAGCACGCUCAGUCCCGGAUGUAUUAUUUCAUGAAGCACCUCAGUAUCGCGGAUCUGGUGGUGGCAAUCUUUCAGGUGUUGCCACAACUCAUUUGGGACAUCACAUUUCGGUUUUACGGACCCGACUUUUUGUGUAGGUUGGUGAAGUACUUGCAGAUCGUCGGGAUGUUCGCCUCAACCUACAUGCUCGUUUUGAUGUCGAUAGACAGGUGCUUAGCAAUUUGCCAGCCGCUGCGCUCCUUGCACAGGAGAAAGGACCGUUUUUACGUGAUCGCCUCCUGGGCACUUAGCCUCUUGUUCAGCAUCCCUCAGAUGUAUAUCUUUUCCAUGAGGGAUGUUGGAUCCGGAGUGUAUGACUGUUGGGGGGACUUCGUGCAGCCGUGGGGUGCCAAGGCAUAUGUGACUUGGAUUAGUCUUACCAUCUAUAUCAUACCAGUGGCCAUUCUUAGUAUUUGCUACGGACUGAUAAGCUAUAAAAUAUGGCAAAACUUUAAACUGAAAACCAAAAGGGAACAGUGCAUUACCCUUACCCCUAAGGCUUCAAAAGGCACUGCGCUCUCGCGGGUGAGCAGUGUAAAUUUAAUCUCCAAAGCAAAGAUAACAACGGUCAAAAUGACAUUUGUGAUUGUUGUGGCAUAUAUCGUUUGCUGGACGCCCUUUUUCUUCGUGCAGAUGUGGUCAGCUUGGGAUCCUGCAGCACCCAGAGAAGCAAUGCCCUUCAUCAUCUCCAUGCUGUUGGCCAGCCUAAACAGCUGCUGUAACCCCUGGAUCUACAUGUACUUCGCGGGUCACCUGUUUCACGACCUGCGGCAACGCUUCCUGUGCUGCUCCAGGCUCUACGUGAAGUCCUCCCAGUGCACCUGCGAGCGGGAGUCCAGCCGCAAGAGCAACUCCUCCAACUACGCCAUCAAGAGCACCAGCAGCCAGAAGAGCAUCACACAGACCUCCACCACAUAAACCUCCCAAAUUCUGUAACCACCCCCCCCCCCCACC